AUGGCUUCCAGUCGAGAAAGCGAUGAUGUUUCCUUCGAAGACUUUCUUAAUCAGUUUUUAUGUAAUAUGAAGAAUCCAGCAUUGCGACCGUCAAAUAAUUAUCCUUCAUCGAAAGGAAAGCAUCGACGCGAUCGUCGAAAUCAACAAAAUUACAGAAAUGAUCCGAAUCAAAAUCGGGUGUAUGGUAAUAAAACUUCACACCACAGACAAGAAAAUAUCGAAUCAUCUUCACAAGAGAUUCCAUUUCUUAAAUUUUGCCUUUUACGUGGCUCUCACGAUAGUAAUCAAAUAGUGGAAUUUCAAAAUCAUCAACAUAAUUCCUAUCGUCGAGAUGGCGAGAUCAAUAAUCCGCGUUAUGUAGCUUGUUUAUCGGAGAGCCCUGAUGCACGCAAUGAUGAUCAAGACAUUGAAGAGUUGGCAAAGGUAAUACAAUAUUGGAUAGAUCAGGUUAUGGUGCCCUGUGUUGAUCAAUCUAAAUUUGAAAAUCUCAACGCUACUAUUCGAUUUGGAUACAGCUAUAUAACAAGGUUGAAUCCAUUUGUUGAUCAAAUGCCAGUGACUCAAUUUAAAGAUUAUUUUCUAUCUCUUAAAAAUCCUUUACGCUCCCGCAGUUGUCAUGUACCGUAUUACCUUUCCACUGGAUUUUAUCCAAUCUUUGACAAACUUUGUGACAAUGAGGAUGAAAAUAGAGACGACAAUUUAUUCAUUUUGGAUAGUGAAGAUGAAACUUUUAGAGUCUCGAUAGCAACGGCUCAGUUCCAAGAUCACUUUUAUGUCGAUUAUAAUAGGCAGAUGGAGUUAGUGUUGAGUAGGGAAGAGGGAAGAUAUUGCAACAUUGACAUUAAAAACUUUCCUGAUGACUUGGAUGUUCGAAUUUGUCUUUCCAAUACCAUUACUACAUGUCAAAAUGAAUUUUCAUCGAAAAUGCAGCAAUUCAUGCAAGGAAAAGCACCCGUAAUAAGGCGAAACGUUCAUACCGGGGCUGUUGUUGUUGGUAAAGAAUAUGUCCACCUUGUUCCCAAUGUCAGACAUAAAAAGUCAAAGAUAUACAAAUUCUCCAAGAAUGCACCGUUAUUAGUGGACGAUUUUCGAACAGCCACUGUGGUCAAAGUUGUCAAUGUUUUAGAAUAUAUAAAUAUUGACGAGGCCACUGGCGAAUUUCAAGAAAUCCAUAAAAAAAACGAAGUCUCGAUUACUAUCAACUUGAGUCAACUAAUAAGAGAAACUGAUUGCAAUUUACUUGCUCGACAAUUGUAUCAAUUGGGCUUUGAAAUCAUACCAAAGUAUUUUAGUUGA